AUGAUCGAAAAUCAAGCUAGACACACGCCGACCUUCAAUGACUCGAGCUCCCUUCCCCAAUUGCACGCAUUCUUGUUGGAAACUUUGAGGUGGAGACCUAUCGUCCGCAUAGGAUUUCCCCACCGUGCAACCAAGGAUAUUUUGUGGCGAGGAUACUGCAUUCCCAAGGGUGCAACUGUCUACGGCUGCCAUUGGACUCUUUCUCGCGAUCCUACUGUCUUCCCAGCUCCUGAAACAUUUAAUCCUCAGCGCUGGCUUGAUUCAGAAGGCCGCCUUAAUGACGAUCAUACGAAAUUCAUCACAUUUGGCUUUGGUAGACGUGUAUGUCCCGGCCUGCACCUCGCGAAUCAAUCGUUGUACAUUACCCUCGCAUUUCUUUUGUGGUCUUUCCGCAUUGUUCAACGACCUGAUGCACCCAUCAACACGCACGCUUUCAAUGAUGCGGUCAUUUCUCAUGCAGCGCCAUUUGACAUCGAUGUCAUUCCCCGUGUAGAGGUUGCGAAGCUGAGAGCGAUGAUGACGGAUGGGUGUAUUGAUUAG